UGGCCAACACAAGUCGCGUCUGCGCGAAUUCCCCUACCUGUUUUCCCAGUUUUUGUCUGUCAACUGUCAAGAAAGCACCGAAGCCCGUUAAAUUUUCCUUUAGAGUUUGAAUAAGGCCCCAUUAAAUACCCCAGUGCCCACUUUUAGAUUCUAGGAUGUCUGGAAUUGCUCCCGCUCGUCUCGCCGAAGAACGCAAAGCUUGGCGCAAAGAACAUCCUUUUGGAUUUGUGGCCCGACCGUCGAAAAACCCAGAUGGCUCUCUAAAUCUAAUGAACUGGGAGUGCUCAAUUCCUGGUAAAAAAGGGACGCCAUGGGAGGGUGGAAAUUACAAAUUACGCAUGUUGUUCAAAGAUGAGUACCCAAGCAUUCCCCCAAAAUGUAAAUUUGAACCACCGUUGUUCCAUCCAAAUGUGUAUCCGUCAGGUACGGUGUGUUUGUCGUUGUUAGACGAGGAGAAAGAUUGGAGACCGGCGAUUACUAUUAAGCAGAUUUUACUCGGAAUUCAGGACUUGUUGAAUGAACCCAAUGUUAAAGAUCCAGCACAAGCAGAGGCCUACACAAUCUACUGUCAAAACCGUUUGGAAUAUGAGAAAAGAGUGAGAGCUCAAGCCAGAGCUAUGAGUCAACAAGAGUGGUAGAGUUAUCGCAGCAAUUUCUCAUGUGUAUUGUUUCAUCAUAUCUUCCCAACAUCCGAUUAAAGUUAUUUAUGUUCACUUGAUCUUUUUUAAUAAGAUAGUUAGGGUGUCAUGUAUAGGUAAAGCAUUUUUAAAUAAACAUAUUAUUUCAUAA